CAUCACCAGUGCGAUGGCCGAGGAGAGCAGCAGCCGCAAGCGGAGGGCGGUCGCACUGCUUCGCGAGGUCGAGUCGGUUGAUCCAGAGCAGUAUGCUACGCUGAAGCAGCUCAAGGCCAUGGACGACCACGCCUCGGGCACCAUCCACCGGAACCUUCGGCGGCUCGAAGCCCUCGCGCAAGCACCGCCAAAGAUGACCAAGGCCACACUCGUGGUGACGAUGACAUACUCGCACGACCCCAGCGCCGUCGUGGCCGACGCUUCAAGCGACAAGAACGCGGGGCAAUGGACCUUUCGCGUGCAGGCGUCGAUCGAAGGGGGUCUGCCAUGCUCCAAGUCGUUCUCGCAUUUCUUCCGCAAAGCCAUUGUCGAGCUGGACGAGCGCAUGUACCCGCAGCCCGCCACGACGACCGAGUGGUCGUCGUUCCGAUCGGGUGACGAGUCGGACGGGUUCGAAGUGACGCGCCCUGGCAAGGCGGGCGUCGCCGAACACACGCUGCGGCUCCAGCUCGUGCGGCAGCUUUCCCCCGAGCGCUUCAACGUCUCGCCCGACUUGUUUGCUGCGCUGGCGCCGUAUCUGGCGCACGCCUUGCCCGAGGCGCAGACGCGCCAAGACGUGCUCAAGGCGGCGUGGGACUAUAUCAAGAUGAAGGACCUCUUGCACAUCGACGACUGCCGCGUCAUCGUCAACGACGCCCCGUUCGAGCGCGUGUUUGAGUGCAAAGAAAUGCCAUUCCAGUCGCUCGCAGCGCAGCUCCAAAAGCACUUGACGCCGACACGGCCGAGUACCAGCUGCCGUACGCUCGGCACGCUCCAAGAAAAUCGGGUCAUCGAUGAGCAGCGCUUUCAUGUGGAAAUUCCACUGUGUGACGACCUCGACCGCGUGCGCAAGACGUGCUUGGCGAGGUGUGCUCGCUUGGACGAAGCCGCAAGCGCCGAGACCGACCGGCUUCAGACCCAGAUGAACAGCAUCGUGCGGGAAAUCAACCGCCACGUGACGCGGCAUGCGUGGAUGACGCAGUUCGCAAAGGACCCAAUCACGUUCAUGGACCGCGUCGUGGCGUCCCAGGACACGGACCAAGAGCUGCUGGCGCUCGAGACGACGUCGGACACGAGUGACGCGUCGUUUCGCGGUCCGUGGGUCCAUAGUACGAUGGAGAUGCUUUUGCAGCGCGAUUGAUAAGAGGCAUGAACAAAGCUGCGGUCGCUUUUUUAAAUGGA